AUGUUGUAAAAAGAUUCAGAAUUAAAAACUGUAUUAAUAAAACUUGAUGAUUUUUAGAAAAAGUAAGAUAAAAAUAAAAUGGAAUUUGAAAAAGUAUGAUUUUUUAUCAUAUUAUUUUAGAAUUUAUUUUAAAAAGGAUUAACAUUUUCAAAUAUUUAUAAAAAUAAUGAUAUAGUAAUUAGUGAUAAUGGAAAGAUUGUGGAUAUUGGUACUAAUAAAGUUGGUUAUUGUAUGUGUGAAAAAGUGAUUCCUAAAAUUGGUCAAAUUAGCUUUGAAUUUGAAAUACUUAGAAUUAGUUAAUGGUGUGAAGUUGGAAUCGGAUUUAGAGGAAUGGUUACCUAAAAUGAAUAUUAAGGCGAUAGUUAAGGUAAAGGGUAUACAAUAUAAUUAAUCAUAAUCUAGAUCAUAUUUAUUAAAUUAAUCAAGUGGUACAUAUUUCCAUCAUACAAAUAAUACUCUAGGAAAAGCAUUUAAAUUUUAAGUUAAUGAAAUAAUAAUAAUGGAAGUGAGUGUAGAACAUAAAUAUAUAAAAUGGACUAAAUAAAAUUCAUAAGAUAUGUUAGUAAAUGUUAUUAUAUUUAUUUAGAUCACAUAAAUAGAUACAUCUUAAAAUUUUUAUCUAUUUGUUAAUAUGAACAAUUCUAAAGUGAGAAUUAAAGAUAUAUAUAUCAUCAUGAAUUUUUAAUUAUCAGUUCUAUAUAUAAUCAUUUUAUGA